AUGAGUGUGAACAAUUAGCAUAUGGCUUGGAAAGAUAGACUCAAGAAAGAAAAGCACGGUAUUGCCAAUUCAAUGACCAAGGGCAUCGUGCUUGACAUAGUAAGUUAGGUCUAGGUGAAUCCAAGUGAAAAGAGUCGGAUAUUUCAAACACAAGGUCUAUCAAACUCCCAAUCAAUAAUUGGAGGAUUUUCGCCUUCUAAAAACAUGGAAGAUUUGUCCCCGAAUGAGAAAAAGGCUAAAUACUUGGAAUUCUUGAUUUAGCAGAGAAGAAAUGUAUCCACAGAUAAUUCAUUCGAUGAUGCUAUUUCUAAUCUUAAUGGUAUGAAACAAUAAGAUGAUGGUGGGCGUUUCAUCAAUGAUCGAUACAUAAUUAAUAACAAAAACACUAGCAACAAUCUAAACUUUGCUCCUUAUGGAGUAAUGACCUAGCACAACUAAAGCAAUUACAAAACUCCAAAUGAAAGCAUCAACCAUGGAAUACAUCCAAUAAAUAUUAACAACAUGCUGCCCCCUGUAAAAAGAAGUUAUUAUCUAGCCCAUUCAGUUGAUUUAUCUCAUCCAGUUGAGUAUGUCAAUAUCAAAAUAAAUGAGAAAGCAUAGAAAGAUGAUAUUUACUAUGAUAACAAGAGAGACCAUCAAAAAGUUUAAAACAGAAGUAUUAGUCCGAAUGAUGCCAAAGAUAUAUCCUUGAAGAAUUUGAGCACCAUUGACAUCCAGACCUAUGAUAAAAGGAAUAUGGGCUAUAGUAAAGAAAUGCCACUGCAGACUAGUGUGUAUAGUAGGGAUCAUCAUAUUCAUUCUAAUAAAACUGGCUUAUACAACAACAUUGACUACUAUACUAAGACUGCUAAUUAAUCUCAAUUAGGUCAUCUACCAAUCAUUAAUAAAUCAACGUCUCUAGUUUAAAUAGAUCAGAAAUAGUAAAAUCCUGAAAAUAUCAUGUAAAAGAUUGAAAGUGAUAUAUUCAACUCUCACAAGGAUAGCAUAAACGAGGUGAUGCAUCCCUUGAAGAAAGAUUAAAGUUUCAACAAGCUGCUCAUGAGUACAAAGCUAGAGAAAGAAAUACUGAAGCAGAUCAAUAUCCUUUAUGAUCCCUCAUAGAAUGAUGAGUAACAAUUUCUAGAGGAUGAAUUGAUAGAGACUUAAAGUGUCUCGACAGUAGGAGGAGCAGGUGAGAAAAUAGUCAAUAACUACAAAUCAGAUCUCGAUCCUACAUUGUUUGCAGCUCAAAAAAUUCGAUGCUGUAUGUGUGGAAUUAUGACAGUUCCAAAUGACUCUAAUACUUGCAUUAACUGCCUUAAAAGUGAGAUUGACGUGACUGAAGGUAUAUCUAAACAGCUCAUACUGCAAAAUUGCAAGGAGUGUAACAGAUACCUGAGACCACCUUGGCAAUAGUGUGAGUUAGAGUCUCCAGAACUUCUUUCUUUAUGUCUCAAGAAUGUCAAAGGUCUCAAGAGAGUUAAGUUGAUUGAUGCUGGUUUUGUUUGGACUGAGCCUCACUCUAGAAGAAUAAAGGUUAAACUAACAGUCUAGAAGGAGGUAAUGAACAGAACAGUAUUAUAGCAGAGCUUCGUAGUAGAAUUUACGAUUUAAAAUUAGUAAUGUGAUGAAUGCAAAAAGACAUACACACCACAUCUCUGGAAUUCCGCUGUACAGGUCAGAUAAAGAGUGGAUCACAAAAGAACAUUCUUAUUUUUAGAGUAGCUCAUAAUCAAGCACAAAGCAGCAGAUAGAGCUAUUGGUAUCAAAGAGGUGCAUGACGGAUUAGAUUUCUAGUUUAAAAAUAAAGCUGAUGCGAAUAAGUUGGUUGAUUUCAUAGCUAAUACUGUCCCAACUAAAGUAAAGCAGAGCUAGUAGCUGAUAUCUCAUGAUCUCAGAAACAACACUUACAAUUACAAAUAUACUUUCUCACUAGAAAUAGCUCCAAUAUGCAAAGAUGAUCUAGUUAUCUUACCAAAAACUCUAUCAAAUCUUCUUGGAGGUAUUGGCCCAAUGGUGUUGGUAUAUAAGAUAUCAACCUUUGUGAAUAUAGUGGAUAUUUAUUCAAUGCAAACAUAUGAAAUAGACCAGAUAACUUACUGGAAAUAUCAAUUUACUGCUUUGUGUGGAAGAGAUAGACUCACUGAGUUUGUAGUAAUCAAUGUAGAUAAUGCUGAUCACGACGUCAAUGUUAGCAGAGCAGCAGCAAAGUAAAGAUUUAAGAUGGUUUCAGUUGAAAUUCAAAGAAAAGACGAUUAUGGGAAGAAUGAUCUAACAUUUACAGUCAAUACUCAUCUUGGUGAAGUACUUAACUAUUUCGAUACUGUCUUGGGAUUUGACUUGGACUAAAUGAAUAUGACCGAGUUAGAUGAGUUCUCACACUUAAAAAGAGAGAUACCCCCUGUGAUUCUUGUCAAGAAAACCUUUCCAAAAUAUAGGUAAAAGCAAAAGAAUAGAGCUUGGAAGCUUAAGCAUCUUGAAAAAGAGGCAAUUGAUGAGAAUAAUCAUCAUAAGAAAGAUAAAGCUAAUAAUAAACAUCAAAGAGAUUACGAUCUUUUUAUGCAAGAUAUUGAAGAGGAUGUGGAAAUGAGAUAGCAUGUUGAUUUGUUUAAAAAUGAUGAGGUAAUUGAAAAGUCAAAGAAAAAGGACAAGAAGCUCGUUGCAGACGAUGAAGAAAAUAAGGAUCAGAAAGGAAACAAAAAGAAGAGUAAAAUGCAAGUAAAGGCUGACGUAAACUCAGAAGAUGAUGAUGAUCAGAGUAUCGAAGAAGAUUUCCCUCAUAUUAAGGUUCAUGAACUUAAGUCUAUCGAGGAAUAACUUGCUUAGAUUAAUAUUAAUGAUGAGUAGGUCGAUCCAGUUGAAGAGCAAGAAUUAGAAUCUAAGAUAUGA